AAAAAGAGUAAAAAGAAGCCCAAAUCAAACGACCCAAAAAAACACAUUGUCUUCAUCUUCAACCUUAUCUCUUCAUCUCUUCCAUCCAUUUCUUCAUCACACCCCAAAUCAAACCCUCCUCUCUCUCUCCUCCAAACUCCACCAUUUGUCACCAAAUCAAAUUCCAUCGAAUCACAAAAAAGAAAAAAUUAAUUUAAUAAUUUUAACCACCAAACUAAAAACAAAAUCAGCCAAUCAAAAACACCAAAAAAAUGGACGCCAACAACAACCAACAAGCAGCUCAAUCCGCCACAUACCCACCAGGCAGCGGCGCCGCCCCACCACCACCUCCGCCGUCUUCCGCCCCAUUCCACCACCUCCUCCAACAGCAGCAGCAGCAGCUUCAAAUGUUUUGGACAUACCAAAGACAAGAGAUCGAGCAAGUGAACGAUUUCAAGAACCACCAGCUCCCACUCGCAAGAAUCAAGAAAAUUAUGAAAGCUGACGAGGAUGUGCGUAUGAUCUCGGCCGAAGCGCCUAUUCUAUUCGCCAAAGCUUGCGAGCUUUUCAUUUUGGAGCUAACUAUUAGGUCGUGGCUUCAUGCUGAGGAGAAUAAGAGGAGGACUCUUCAGAAGAAUGACAUUGCUGCUGCCAUUACUAGAACUGAUAUAUUUGAUUUCUUGGUUGAUAUUGUGCCGCGCGACGAGAUCAAAGAUGAGGCUGCUGGUUUAGGAGGGAUUGUUGGGGCUACUGCUAGUGGGGUUCCUUUUUAUUAUCCUCCUAUGGCUCAGCAUAUGGUGGCUCAGCCUGGUGGUGGCCCUGGUGGGAUGAUGAUUGGUCGGCCUGCUAUGGAUCCUUCUGGCGUUUAUGGUCAGCCUCCUUCUCAGGCUUGGCAGUCUGUUUGGCAGACUACUGCUGAUGAUGGGAGUUAUGGUAGUGGUGGUAGCAGUGGCCAAGGCAAUCUUGAUGGUCAAGGCUAAUGAAGUCGGAAGCAGUGGUGCAGCAGAAGGCAAUUGGCCUAGUUGGAGUUUUACAUUGCUUAGAACUUCAAUGUACUAGCCCCCGCUAUUAUUUGUCGAAACUACCGUUAAUUGUAAUGGCUUAACUAGAAAUUUUUUAACUUAAUUUUUGUAGAAGCUCUAUGGUCGCGGUUGUGGCCUGCCUAAUUAUAUCUAAUGUGCAGUUUCUUGA